AUUCAUUCUCCGUACCAUGUAUAGGAGUGUAUAUAAACUCCAGUAAUGUUAUUGUGUUGCUAGUAACAACAACAUCACUUUUUUAAAGUUGGGUUAACUUCUUGGCUACAUUUUGAAGUUUUAGAUGGUGCUGAUGACUGCUUGACGUGACUGCGAGUAUAAUACUGAGAACGAUCGGACUGAAUGAUGCAUAUGUGUCUCGCUCGUGGAAGUCGCCUUAUUAACCUCUUGAACUUCCCUAGAACUCGAUGACGUCGUCGUCGUCGAAAGUGAUCUCCCUGAGGAAUAAUUUGCAGAAAGCCUCUCGUAAAUCAGUCUUUUGACCAUGUGCCUGAUUAAAAGAGAGGAGCAGGCCCUCAGAAGAACGUGAAAUAGAAAACUCAUUUCUACGACGGAUAUAAGGAGGAAUAGCGCAUGUUUGUUAACUUUGAGCCUGACCAAGGUGUGCCCCAGGAGUGUUAACAAGGAGUAGCAUAAACUCACACCAAUUAAGACUUUUGCGCUUCUGUGCCAAAUCGUUGUUGAUCUGGAGGCACUUUGAUACACCAUUGGUCGCAGUUGUGUUUUGACCCGAUGUAAGGAUGAAAAUGAACUUGCCGUUGGGCUGGCAACAAAGUUAGCAAGAUGAGGACUAUCCAAUCCCGAUUGAUUACGGCGGAACAAGGAAAGUUAUAUAUUUUGUGAAAUCUAUCAAGAUUUACUUCAGUGCUUGAGAUUCAUGGAACUUUGCAGUGUGGGGGAAACAACCAACCAACCAACCAUGCGAUGGAACAAACAAACUAAAACGCGGUUAUUACAGUGAACAUAUAUCUCAUGACGUUUGAAGAUAAGUUUUUGGUUUUGCUAUUGAAGCAUCAACGUAACCAAAUGUGAAAUUUUCUUCGGCAAUCCUUGAUCUUUCUAUUCUGUGGUGGUCCAAGCACGAAAUCUAACAUGAUGGGAGCAGAACGCACACCGUGUUAUGGAAUUCUCCAUAUGAAGGUGAUAUCAUCGGCCAGUACGUCUCGACUGUUUAGAUCGUUGCUCCUGUUCAUGAGUAUCUUAUUUGUAUUAUUAUUCGUCUACCAGAACACGAAGUCCUCUCGUCACUCAAGGCCCAUAUUAGCACAAGAAAGCCUGCCAAUCAGAAAGCAUACCCGUCCAAGAAAAGUUGUUUCAAUUGACCCUCAUAGACUCAGAGCCAGGAAUCAAAGUAAGAGAUGGAUCAGACAGAGAAAACAAAUAACCCAGACAGCUAACAAGACAGCUGAGCUCGGAACUAGUAGACUGGAAGAAUUAAAACAAGGAAUGCUCGUCACAAGAAGCAUGGCAGAUUAUAUUUUGGAACACACGCAGGGAAAUGCUCGGAUGAGGGAUGUCUUUGAUGAUAGUGAAAGGACGAGAGAAGCGCAAAAGUUACAGGAGAACAGGUAUUGGACGCAAGUAAAGGAUGAGCUUGUCCGUAAAGAUUACAAAUAUGAUGACAUUUCCGAGGAUGUCGUGAAAAAUGAAUCUACACGGCCGGUUUUUAUUGUUAUUCUAGCGAGAAUGAGAACGGGGUCGACCUUAAUAGGGGAAAUCUUUAAUCAGAACCCAUCGCUCUUUUUUAUCUACGAACCGCUGAUAUCCAUUGACCCCUUGUUGAGGUCGGGCCAUGUCGAUGUCAGUCAACACGGAAACAUCUCAUCCGAUCUCCUGCUCGGCUACAGCCGCUGUGACUUUCGGGAAAACCUCACGCGAUCAUGGCUGAGAUGGAACGGCGGAUCAGUUCGGAACAGCAAAAUUGUUUCCCUCUGCAAAAAGCCACCCGGACCCAAAAGCCGAUACCGCAAUUGCUCUGCCAUCACCGUUGACGACAUGCGAAAUGUCUGCAGGCAGUCCCACCAUCGCGUCUGCAUAAAGACGAUUCGCUCAGACCUCGACUACUUCAAACCCCUAGUUGAUGCCGGAAAAAACGUUAAGAUCAUCCACUUGGUGAGGGAUCCGCGAGGUACAGCUAAUUCUAGAAGACUUUAUUACAACUUCAGCAGGCCCAAGCUACCGCCCAGAAUCAUUAAGGGCAAUGCCCGCAGGACUUGGAAAGGUAAACUAGACUCUCUAGGAUUAUUGGGUGACUACCCAGAUCACGUGGUGCAUACCAUACCUCGCCUUUGUCAGUGGACCAGAGAUUCCAUCCUUCAAGUCCAGAACAAAAAACCCUCGUGGCUUCGCAACCGCUAUAAGUUAGUACGGUACGAGGACUUCGCCUUGGACCCGCUUCGUGCUGCACGCCAGAUCUACGACUUUGUUGGUCUCGAGUUUCCGCGCGUUGUCAAGGAAUGGAUCGUGUCCAACACGCGCUUUAAUGACCAGCGAAGCGUGAAGCUCUUUAGCACGCACAAGAAUUCGAUCGAGACGGCAUUACGAUGGAGGCAGGCUCUGCGGCCGUUGCAGGUUCGGCAGGUCGAACAGAUCUGUCCGGCAACCAUGAAGCUGCUAGGGUAUAAGAAAGUAGAAAACAUUAGUGAUAUUGCCAAUAUAAAUGUGAGUCUGGUGGAGCCCUGUCGAUUCCGGAUACGUUCUGAGACCGUCGUAAAACUAAAUACUAUGCUUCCAUCUGACAGUGAUAAACGUAUCAAUAUUUCCUUUUAGUAAGACGUCAGUAUACGUUGCCUCUCUCUCAACCCAGCUGUUAUAAAUGGAACCCUGUACGAAGUGAUUCGUCGGAUGCUUUCAGUACUCCCGAUACGGCAGCUUGAAUAUAGCUAUUAUUGUGAUAAUAGUUCUUUGUAUGCUGCUUUAAUAUUUCAUUGGAUGGACCUUAAUAUUAUGUGCGCAGGAUAUUAUUAUAAAUUUAUAAUCUAAGGUUAUAAACAUUUUUACUAACAGUAUUUUUGUUAAAAGUGGGACCCAUGUUUAGGGAUUUUUUGUGUGAAAAAGUGACCCAUGAGAGCGGCACACCUCCGUAUGUCCCAAUAUGUGAGUUCCCCUCCUCCCUGGGAUUUUCGCACAAUAUUACAAGGACACGAAAAUGUUAGGUGGCGUUGCGGUUAGUCGGUACAGUAUAUCCAUAAUUAUGUAGAAUUAAAGUUUUUUUAUCGCGAUGAUCAGUUGAAUAACCAACACUAUUUAUUAUAUGCAUGCCGAAAAAUGUAUAAUACAUGUAUGUUAAGGUAUAUUAAUAAGAAAAGUUUAAUGCUAUUCAUGAUGGAGAUCAUUAUACCUGUUGUCCAUAAAAUUGCAAUUAUAUUUCAUGUCUCUUCUCAUAGACCUCUUGUGACAUACGGUUUAUUCUUGAUCGAUGACGUUUAUAAUUACAUGAAUUUUCUCAGAAUUUAUUCAUCGGUCUCUGACUCUUAAGUUUGAUCAUAAGAAUUCGGAAAAUAUAUAAAACAUUUCUAAAAGAAUAAAUUAAUAUCUUCUCACAAAAGAGGUAAACUUAAAUUAUUCCAACUUUAUGGGAAACAGUGAAUCUAUAUGUUGGCUAUAAAUGUUUAGUUUUUUUUAUGUCUACGUACUAGGGUACAUGCAAACUAUUUAAUGGUAUUUUCAUAUAUCAUUCCUCCUCCAAAAUGAUUUGAAUGAAUACUAUUAAUAAUCCUUGUUUUCUUUGAACAUAAUUUGUGCACAAUUGAAAUUAUGUUGCGACGUAUAAUUGUUUUUGAUAAUUACCAUUUUGAAUUUGAAUAUUUGUUGAGUUCCCUUGCAUAAUGGUUGCAAGGAUUUUAUUUGAAUUCCAAUUUCCUAUAUUAUAUGAAGCGUGAAGGUACAAGUGUUUCACACUGGCGUGUAUAUGGGAAAUAAUUGGCGAAAAUAUUAACGCUCGGUCGCUGUGCUAACCUUACAGUCAUGUACUCAGGUGUGACUUUUUUCUUCGAUUCCGUCUCCAGGACCAGUGACAUAGCUAAUGCAUGUGGUACAGGGGCACGUGCCCCCAAUCGAGAGGUACGGGAGAAGGGACGAGUAAAGAAGACGCCUUUAUCACCUCCUGCACGCCCUAAUCAGUAUACUACGUGUAUAUAUUUUGCGUUUCAUUUCCCAAGUAAGAUUGCAAUGGUACUCCUCCUAUCUCAACAAUGCCCCCUUAAUGGAUGGACUCAUGCAUGCACUGCCUAUUUCCAUGCAAUAGUGCAUAGUGCCAAGAUUUUUUUUUAAAUAUAUUAAUUAUUAUACGAUUACAUACAUUUUGUAUUCUUGUAAAUAUUUGUUAUUUUUUCAUAUGAACACAUAAAGUGAAUAUACUUAAGCACAUAAAAUAUUAUGUGGCCUUUCAGAGUUUAGCGUUGGGGCCAUUGAAUGUUUGCCAUUGGCGCUAUGAAGCAGUAAUAAAAUCAUUUAAGGUUUUCACAAUGCUUAACAAUGAUCAUA